AUUACCUAACUGCUUAAAAUGUGUUCUUCCUAGUUCUCCAGAUGGCUUCUUUUGGGUGGAAGAGAAAGAUUGGUGAGAAGGUCUCAAAAGCUACUUCUCAGCAGUUCGAAGCAGAAGCUGCGGAUGACAAGGAUCUGGGUGACGAUGAUGAUGCUAACUGGGUGCUUGCAGCUAAGAGAAGAAAGGAAGUUCUCUUAGAAGAUUGUGUAAGGAAGAGUAAGGAGCUCAAGGAUGAAGGUGCAAAUUUGGCUGAAAAUAGGAGGUACAGAGAAGCUAUUGUCAAAUGGGAUGAAGCACUUCAGUUAACUCCAGAGGAUGCUACACUUUAUGAGAUGAAAUCACAGGUCCUGAUGUCUUUGCAUGAAAUGUUCCCAGCAGUGCAUGCAGCAGAAAUGGCUGUCCAGAGAAACCCACGUUCCUGGGAUGCCUGGCAGACUUUGGGACGUGCCCAGCUUGGAUUAGGAGAGAUAGCACUGGCAAUCCGAAGUUUCCAGAUAUCGUUACACAUCUUUCCAAUGAACCCUGAAGUAUGGAAAGAAGACCUUUCCUGGGCAAGAAAACUACAGGAACAGCAGAAGGCCACAAAGACUGAGUCAGUGCAUGCACUGGCAGGAGGAAAAGAGCUUGUACAAGAGUCAAUCCCGGACUAUGACUUUGAAAGUGAUGAAAUUGUGGCAGUCUGUGCUGCCAUUGCAGAGAAGGAGAAAGCUCUUUCAGCAGCUAAAACAAUGGUGAUUGUGUCUGCUUCAGGCACGGUAGAGACUGUUACUGAGCAGGACAAUCGUCCUGCAACUCCUGAUGAAACCCUUUUCAUCAGGGCCCGGUAGGGCAGCCUCAUGGGUUGUCAUAUCCAUAGGUUUAAGAACUAUUGUUAUUUAUUGUAUUUUCCUUGCUUUGUGUUUGUUCUUUUUUUUUUUUAUUAAAUGAUUGGAUAGCCUACAAAAGUAAAAUAACUGAAGUUAUCUUUCUUUGGCUAAUUAAAAAAUCAAUGACCUGAGUUGUUCCAUCCAUAUUUUUCAAAAAGAAAGCCAAGAGUUGAUUCUAGAAAUUCUGAGUUGUUAUGAACAAAUGUAAUGUUGAAAUGCUUAAAACUGCAUUCUAACAUCUGCUUUCAUCUUUGUGUAUUUCAUAAUUUUACAAGUUAAUGUCUACAUUUUCCCAGUUACUAAGAAACUUUUAUUUAAGCUGUUAAAAGUGCUGUGGUUUAUCCCCAGCUAGCAACUCAGCCCCACACAGCUGACUGGGUCCUGGUGGAAUGAGGGAGAGAAUUGGAAGAGUAAAAGUGAAAGAACUCAUGGGCUGAGAUGGAGACAGCCUAAUAGGGAAAGCAGAAGCUGCACAUACAAGCAAAGCAAAACAAGGGAUUCACCCACCAGUUCCCAUGGGCAGGCAAGUGUUCAGCCAUCCCAGGAAAGCAGGACUUGGGAAGACAUUCUGAAUGUCUUCCCUUCCUCUUCCUCCUUCUUUCCCCAGUGUGUGUUGUGCUGUGGGUUGGGAUAUCCCUCUGGUUAGUUGGGGUCAGCUGGUCUGGUUUGUCUUCUCCUAGAUUCUUGUGCACCCCCAGUCUUCUCACUGGUGGGGUGGGAUGAGAAGCAGGAAGAAGUCUUGACCCUGUGCAAGCACUGCUCACAAUAAUGAAAACAACUGUGUGUUAUCAACACUUGCCAGCACGAGAUCAAAACCUAGACCCCUAUUUGCAAUUCUGAAGAAAAUUAACUCUAUCCCAGCCAAAGCCAGCCCAAAAAGAAAAAAGGACGUUUAAAAGUUAUUUAAAUCACUAUUAUUUAACAUUAUUUUGUCUUCAGUAAAAGUGUGAGCUGUUUUCUGUUAUUGACAGACUUUGUAUUCAUUAAGAUUACUUGUUCUAUGAGAAAGUUUCCUAUGAAGCAGGGAUGGUUUAUUAUUUUGUAUGUCUGUGUGUGACAGAUCUGAUUUGUAGCCAAAUCAAGUAGCUUUCCUCAGUGAGUGGGUUAAAGACUUUCUGAUUAGAUGAAAGGAAAUGCUUUACCAAACAAGGCCCUGAAUGCUUAGUUACAACUAAAUGUUUCACCAGAAGAAACAACAGUAUUUGUGACUGAAACUGGCCUUUCCUUAUCUUGUGCACUGUGCUAUAGAUGUCACCGAAAAUAGAAUGGUGGGAGUAGAAAAUAGAUAUGGCUGAAUUGUAUUGUAUUUGAGGCUUUUCUUUCCUAGUGAGGCUAAUCUGAUAAAGGCACUCAUUUUGCUUUUCCUAAUUCUUAUGACCUGCCAUUAAAAGUAUGCUCUCAGUUUUCCAGGAGAGCACUGGUAGAGUCUCCCUUUAUCCUUUUUGGAUUUUGGAUGCAGUGGUGGGUAAUGAGGCAUACCGUUGGAAAUUUUUUUACUGUUUAUUUUUUUUCAGGGAAAGGUGGCAGUUGGUUGCUCUCACAGGCAGUUCAGAGAAAUGAAAUCAGGCUGUUUCUUUGAUGUACUCUGUGAUGAGACCUUGUUUCAUUAUCGUGGAGACAUGAUAGAGAUGAUCACAUCAUAACAGUACUGGAAAAAAUAGUCAGUUGAGGAAUUCCUGAAGAAUUUCGUUUGGGAACAUGUUUUUACUUGAUUUUGAAAAAAUUUUUUAUGACAAUAGAUAGUUCUGUAGACAAGUGAAACUUCUGAAAUCAGUCAUCUUUGCACUUUUCAAACUAACACAUUUAAAAAAAAUAAUGUUGCUUGAGAAGUAUAGUGUUUUUGCAGUGGAAAAUGCAUUGCAGAAAAACUAUCUCAAAUGAUACUUUCUAUUUAUCUGAUAUCAGAAUAUCUUUUUUUAAGAGGAUACAUACAGUUUUUUAAAAAAGACAUAAUUGCCCUAAUGAACUAAGUUUUCGUUAAUUUUUGAAAGGUUCUUCCUGAAUGUUUUUUUGUAUAUGUGAAUUUUUAGAUCUGUGCUUCCAUUAGCACACAUUCACACGAAAUCACACCUUUUACUAUCUACUGAGUAUUCCAAAUAAUUAGAACUAUAGUGACCUAAAUAUACUAAGAAAUGUAAAACAUUAUCAUGCUAUAUUUUUAUUUCUUCAUUAAGUUCAGAAAGAUUUUAAAUGCUUACUGGGUAGGCGCUUAAUUAAGAUAUAGUUUGAUAGUUAAAUUAUUAGAGUUGAAGGAUUUCUUUAUCUUCUUUCUCCUAUCAACUUGAUACAAUCUAGGCAGCGAUAGGAAGAGUUAGCUUCAGAGAGGGGUUUGGACACAUUUCUUCAAGAGAUCUUCUCUGGCUGGAAAAGGAUAUGUGAGAUGCCCUAAGGUAUGUUUUCAUUUUGAAGGAGCUUGGCUGUGUCCACCUCAUCUUUUCUUUUUUUGCGCUUUAUUACUUGCGUCAGUGUUCUGCCUUUACUCAUACAGGAAGGACUGCUGCCCUUCUCUCUGAGGCCCGUAUUAUCACAGAAUCUGUUUCCACUGAAAUGAUUCACAAAGUUCCUAUUGACUUCAGCACUGCAGGGCCAGACUGCUGGAGGGGUGCACAUCUGCACCAUCAGGCUGUGCCGGGCUUGAGGGGUGGUGGUUUCCAUCCCGUGUACUCAAUGUGUUUUCCUUCUGAUUAGAUUAGGUUAUGAAUUCUAGGUAUUGUCAGAACUAUAGUGUUUUGUAGAGCAGUUAAGUUCCUGGGACACUGUUUUCAAACUGUGGAGAAGUUCAAAUAUUGGUGAUUUCAACAUUGUUUUUUGUACAGCAUGCCAUGUUUUGCAUGUAUGUAAUUUUCUGGAUCAGUUUGCCAUUUGAAUAAAAUACUGA